ACAGACUACACCAGGUACUGCAAACUGUACUACAAACUACACCAGGUCAACAGGCCGCCGUCGUUGAAGAAAGACGGAAUCCAAACCAGAAACCGCAAAGUGACCAAUAAGAACAAGAAGAAAAGGCGAGGCGACCAAUCAGAGACUAGACAGCUCAGGCCGGCCCCUCCCACUGAGGAGGCCGCCUUUCAGUCCUUCACUCAGCUGCUGGCCUGUGACCCGUCACCUCCUCCUCCUCCUCCUCUCUGCAGCUCGCCCCGCUCGGCUGAACAUGGCUGGUUCGACGGAACCAUUUUCUCGUGGCUCAGAGAAUCACGUCUGUGACAGGCCUCGUUACGACCGGAGCCACAGCGCAGAAGCAGCGUGCGGAUGGAUACACGUUCAUUCUUCGAGAAAUAGCUCCAGCGUGUUGACGACAGGCUUUGCUGCUGAAGAGAGCCGGGGUUUUUUGUAUGUAAACGUGUUUGGACUUUUCAUAUCUGCAGAUCCUCUGUAAAGGUGUCGGCCCGUGAACCGUGUCCUUUGCUCUGCAGCGUUGUUCACUCUUCAACGAGCCUUUCUGAGGCUCAGUCUCACUUCUGGGUCUCUAUUCUUUUCAGUUGCAUUUUAAUGUUUUACUGCUGUUUUUCUUUUUUUCUUAAAUGUUUUGAAUGAAUAACGCGAAGCACUUGCUCUCGUGAAAUGUGCCAUUCUUCUAUUCUUCUUCUCUUGGAUUUCUCCUCC